AUGGCGAACCCUCAAGAGGAGACCCUGCUUGCGCGCUGCGAGAUUCCCAUCAUCGACCUGGCUCAUAUAGGAACGGAUGUGUGUCCUAUGAAAUCAGUGGUACGGCGUAUUGGACAACAGCUUUUCGCCGCCCUAAGCACAAAAGGACUAGCGAUGCUUGUCAACCACGGUAUUGCCGAAGAAAAGUUGAAAGCCGUUUAUGCAGAUUUGGACAACUUUUGCGCGCUUCCUGAAGGCUGUCAGGCCCAGUAUCUUUGCAACCCUGUGAGUAAGCAUGGCUACGUCCGCCCGGGAACUGAACAAUUCGAUGACACUAAAAAGGAGCUACGUCACUCGUUCAACAUAACCACGCUGUCGGCCGCCUCGAUGCCUGCGCAAGAGGAGGUACCCGACUUUCCCUCGCACACUGUUCCGCUCGCUCACGAUCUUACCAAUUUGUCGCGUGUUCUUCUACAAGCUUUGGCUUCUGUUUUUGGUCUUCCACCAUCUGCACUAUUGGCGUGCCACUCAGGCAUGUUAAAAAGCGACGGCUGUAAUCCUUCGUGCAUGCAACUUCUGUACUACCCACCAGUACCACCAGAGGACAAGGGCCCUUGUUGUCAUGAUGCUAUCGCGUACACUCGUUGUGGAGCCCAUUGCGACCGUUGCACCUUCACUCUUGUUGCUCAGGAUUCAGAAGGUGGUCUUGAGGUGAAAUUGAACGGCAGUGAGAAAUGGCAGUCAGUUGGACAUCUACCCGGAGCUAUUCUCGUGCAAACUGGAGAACUAUUGGCUAACUGGACUACUAAUCUGCUGCCCGCUUUGAUGCACCGUGUCGUAGUACCAACGGGAAUGUACGCGCGCGCUCGUGGCCGCCACUGCGUCGCGUUCUUCUGCCAUCCCGAUAAGGAAGCUACAGUACCGCCCCUGAACAUCACACCUGCGCCUGCGCCACCCGUUUUUACGCCCCACACACACCUUACUCUACACCAUCGCCUUCUGAACGCCGCGCACCAUAUACAGAAGCGUUUCAGGGAAACGUACGCAUGA